AUGCACGUUACUAUCGUUACUGGAGCUCUGCGAGGAAUUGGUGCUGCUGUGGCAAGAUUGUUGUUACAUGACACAAAUAACCGGGUCGUGGCCGUUGCUAGAUCCGGUGAUAAGUUGAACCAAUUGCAGCAAGAGUUUCCCGGCCGCUUAAUAGCGAUUGCUGGUGAUGUCAACAACUCGGAAACUUCUCAGCGCGCAGUGAAAGCGGCGGUGGAGGAAUAUGGCCAAUUGGAUUCCGUGGUUGCGAAUGCAGGAAUUCUUCAUCCAGUGGAUACAGUAGCCGAUGCCAAAGUUGACGAGUGGAAAAAGACAUUUGAUAUCAAUUUCUUUGCUGUGGUUGAUCUUUUGCAAGUAGCCAUUCCUGAGUUGCGCAAGUCAAAAUUUGGUAACGUUGUAGCGGUUCUGUCUGGUGCAUCUCGCGCAGGCUAUUUUGCAUGGGGUGCUUAUGGGUCAUCCAAAGCAGCACUUGACCAUUUAAUUGGAACCGUAGCCGCCGAGGAAAAGCUGGUCCACACGAUUUCCAUUGCACCUGGGGUGGUGGAUACCGAAAUGCAAGGUGAUAUAAGGACAAAGUUUUCGGAUAACAUGAAGGAGUCUGCUGAAAGAUUCCAUGAUCUUCACAAAUCGGGGUCUUUGCUUCUGCCCGAGGUGCCUGCGACGGUGUUGGCCAACUUGGCGCUCAAGGGCUGGCUGGGAGACCUCAAUGGCAAGUACUUUCGGUACAACGAUGAACAGUUGAAGGAGUAUACAAAAUGA